GCUUCGCGUCUGGAGACGUCCAGCAUGCAGUAACCACCAUGGUUAGUUAAUAUAAACACUUGAUGUCUGUGGUGUGAAGAACAGAAGGUUAGAAAUAUCUUGGUGAACACUUCUUCUCCUGUUCAAACUGACCAGCAAGUUCCAACACCAUGGCUGAAGAGGACUACGGCACCUUUGUGGAUUGGACUCAGAUGGGAGACCUGGCCAAGAGCAGUGGGCCCACCAAGAUAGACUGUAAAGAGCUGAAAGAGUUCAAACAAAUGGCCCGCCAAGGUCACUGGGCCAAGAAUCACAAACUACGGGCACAAGUCUACCAGCAGCUCAUCAAAACCAUUCCAUGUCGCACGGUUACCCCAGACGCAGAAGUUUAUCGUGACAUUAUGGGAGAUGCAGCCAAUAAGAAGUCCACCAGUCAUGCCCCACUGCCAGAGUUUGUGGAUGGAAAUCCUGUGCCGUGGUACUGCCUGAAGGCAGAAGCAGUGGCCUCAGCCCAUCGCAUUAUCAACUGCAUCGCUGGACAGUUUCCAGAUAUCUCCCACUGCCCAUCUCUUCCAGCUAUUACUUCUUUGCUCCUUCACUUCAGUAAAGAUGAGGCUCAGUGUUUUGAGCAUGUUAGCCGUAUACUUGCCUGCAACGAGCCAGGCAAACGACUGCUGGACCAGACUUUUUUGGCCUAUGAGUCCAGCUGCAUGACUUUUGGUGACCUGGCCAACAAGUACUGCUCAACUGCUCACAAACUAAUUGUUUCAGGAGCCCAGGAUGUGCUUGAAGUCUAUGCCGACUGGCAGCGCUGGGUUCUUGGGGACCUGCCCUUCAGCCAUAUGGUCCGGGUCCUGGAUGUCUAUCUAGUUGAGGGCUACAAGGUUCUCUAUAGAGUGGCCAUAGCCUUGCUCAAGUUCUAUCGCAAACAUAAAAUGGGAGGCCAGGGGGGACAGGGGAACCAGCAGCAACAGGAUUCAGGCAAAAUUAGGUCGGAGAUACAGGCGUUCAUCAAGGGCAUCGGCUCCACUGUCACACCUGACAAGCUGCUUGAGAAAUCUUUCUCCAUCCGCCUGAUUAACCGCAAGGAAAUCACUCUGCUGCAGCUCACAAAUGAGAAGUCCCUGCAGCAGAAAGGAAUCACUGUCAAACAGAAACGGAGGAACGUGCAACUGGCCCUGAACCCUGACACGUUCUCCUCCGAGAUAGUCAGUGCCAAAGAGAUGCAUGACAUCUGGUCAUGGAUUCCUGAGCGCUUUGCUCUGUGCCAACCACAACUUCUCUUCACCACCUCCGUCCACGGCUGCAGCCUCAACAGAUUCUACUCGCAUUGUGAAGGCUUUGAACCCACGCUGCUCCUCAUCCGGACCACAGAUGGUGAUGUUUGUGGAGCCUUCCUGUCUACAGACUGGGAGGAGCGGAAGAGAGGAGGCAACAAAUUGAGUUUCUUUGGCACAGGGGAGUGUUUUGUCUUCAGGCUGAAGCCAGAGAUGGAGCGCUACGAGUGGGUGGUGAUCCGCCACCCUGAGUUGGCUUCCUCCAACAAAACCGAGGGUCAGGAGAGUACGGCAUCCUCCGAGGCCCAACAUUUAGACAACAGCCUCCCGCAGCCGGAGAAAUCUGCUGGAGAUCUGUCCCCAUUUCUCGCUGCUCGCCACUUCAACCUCACCUCCAAGAAUACGUCCAUGUUCAUGGCUGGAAACUUUGACUCCAUUAUUGUGGGAGGGGGCGAGGGCAACGCUCUGUACAUCGACUCCGAGCUGAACCACGGCCGCACCGGCAGCUGCGCCACCUUUGACAACCCGCCGCUGUGUGCUGAGAGCUUCCAGGUUUCACUGCUGGAGGUGUGGGGCUUCCAGGACGCCAUGGCUCAAUAGUUCUAUACACGAACAUGUCGCGUAUCCAGAGUUGGACCUUUGAAGUAUAUUAACAGAAAGAAGACACGAUCUGCACAGUCCUAAAUUUUCAUGCAAGAUGGUUGAGGCUGAAAAUAGAUAUGGUUAUGGAACAUCUGUCUUAUUUGUUGUUUUUUUUUUUUUAUAAAUGCAGUUUAUCUAAAUUUAAAAAUGUGAAUGAUUCUAUUUCGUUUGUCUUCCGUUUAUUUUUGUAUUUUCCAGAUAUUAUGUUGCACUAAUUACACUGAAGUGGUGAUGGAAGUGUUCAAGGUUCGCAGUGUUUUUGUUCUUGUUGAGCUCAUUUCUGUAUUUAAUGUUUUGUUGUUUAUCUGUUUGCCAA